AUGUAUUGGAUGGAGACUCGUCCGGCUGGAGGCGACAAGGGUGAAGUGGAAGACAUCACCGAGGCGGAUAUUAUCUCGACGGUCGAGUUCGAUCAUACUGGUGACUAUCUAGCUACGGGAGAUAAAGGUGGAAGAGUAGUCCUAUUCGAACGUAACGAAUCCGGAAAAAAAGGAUGCGAAUAUAAAUUUUAUACCGAGUUUCAAUCCCAUGAACCUGAGUUUGAUUACUUAAAGUCAUUGGAAAUCGAGGAAAAGAUCAACAAGAUUCGAUGGUGUAAACGGCAAAACUCGGCCCAUUUCUUACUUUCGACAAAUGACAAGACGAUCAAAUUAUGGAAAGUGUUCGAGAAGUCAUUAAAAGUGGUGGCGGAGAACAACCACAUGCCGGCGGGCUUUCAGCCGCAACCGGUGCCGACGCUCAAGCUGCCCCGGAUGGCCUUCCACGACACCAUCAUCGCCGCCGUCCCGCGCAAGGUCUAUGCUAACGCGCACGCCUAUCAUAUCAACUCGAUCAGCAUCAAUUCGGAUGGUGAAACGUAUCUCAGCGCCGAUGAUCUACGUAUCAAUUUAUGGAACCUGUCGAUCUCUGAUCAGAGCUUCAAUAUCUUGGAUAUCAAACCGGCUAAUAUGGAAGAAUUGACCGAGGUCAUCACCGCUGCUGAUUUCCAUCCCCUCUCCUGUAACUUGUUCUGCUAUUCGAGCUCCAAAGGGACCGUCAAAUUGGCCGACAUGAGGAGCUCAGCACUUUGUGAUACUCAUGCAAAACUGUAUGAAGAGGAAGAAGAUCCGUCGAAUAAGUCUUCUCGAAAGAUGGGCGCUACAUCUUGUCACGAGACUAUCUUUAUCUGCGGAUCUGGGGACAUCAACAUGGACAAAGCCCCGCUCAAGACGAUCUCCGUCCACGAUCAUCUGAAGGGCAAAUUGUGCGACCUCUAUGAGAAUGAUUGUAUCUUCGAUAAGUUCGAAGGCACGUUUUCUGGCGACGGAAAAGUGACGACGGACAUCGUCUUACAAGCCGACAAGUCGGCCUUCAAGGCCAAGAAGAUCGGCGCCUCCUCAGCAGGAGGAGGAGCAGGAGGGAGUCAUCCGGGAUCGCGGAAUGCCGCCGGACAGACUAAUGUGCCUAAUCCUAAGAUCCAGGAAACUGAAAAUAUCGACUUCGGUAAACGCAUCAUGCACGCCUCUUGGCAUCCUAGAGAAGAUACUAUAGCUAUCGCUGCUACUAAUAACCUCUUUUUGUUUUCUAAAUAA